AUGGCAUGGAAACCGACACGGCGAUUUUGUCGAAAGAAUUUGUUGUUGUUGUUGACUAUAUCGGCAGUGGUAAUUGGUCUAUUGCUGGGGUUCCUGUUACGUCCACUAAAACUUUCCGAAGAAGUUAUUCGACUAAUUAAUUUUCCUGGUGAACUGUUUAUGCAAAUGCUUAAGAUGAUGAUUUUACCGCUGAUCUUUACUUCACUUAUUUCAGCUUUGGCACAAAUGGAUGCAAAAAAAGCUGGCAGAAUGGGCUUUAUUACUUUACUCUACUAUAUACUCACAGCAAUAGUAUCAAUAAUGGUAGAGAUACUUUUACUUUGUUUCUCCGUUUUUUGCAACAACAUUUAUAAAUUUAUUAUUUGCUGUCAACAUUUGCUGUUAACAGCUUUGGUAUUGCUAAUUCAUCCUGGUAAUCCAGCAGCAAAAGGAGGUAGUGUUGAAAGUGUUCCUGAAGAGAAGGAUAUUUCGGCACUUGACACUGUACUCGAUAUGGUCAGGAAUAUGUUUCCGUCAAACAUUAUUAAGGCCUGCUUUCAACUGGUGCAGACGUCUUAUAAGCCUUUGGUCAGAGAAAUCCGUUCAAUAAGGGGCACAAAUGUUUUAGGAAUUCUAGUUUUUUGCACUGGUUUCGGUAUAGUUAUAUCGACAGUUCGUGAACGUGGCAAAAUUUUAGUUGAAUUUUUUGCCAAUCUUGAUGCUGUUAUUAUGCUAUGGGUCGAAGGCCUUAUGUGGUUUGCUCCACUGGGAAUCGUUUGUUUGAUGAUUGGAAAUGUGCUUGAAAUUGCUGAUCUGUCUGAUAUGGCACAAGUUUUAGUGCUAUAUGUAUUUACAGUUAUUUUGGGUCUUUCUUUGCACACUGUUUUUGUUAUGCCAGGAAUCUAUUUCUUGAUAACUCGAAAAAAUCCUUGGAAUGUUUUUGAAGCAAUGAUACAUGCGAUGGUUACAGCUUUUGGAACUGCCUCUGGUGCUGCUUUACCGGUUUCCAUUCAGUGUGUGGAGAACAAACUUUUUGUCGAUAAACGAAUUGCUAGAUUUGUAUUACCGUUAGGAACAACGAUAAAUAUGGACGGUAAUGCACUCUAUGAAGCAGUCGCAGUGAUAUUUGUGGCUCAGCUAAACAACGUAUCCUUUUCUCUUACUGCAACUGUGGCAUCGUUAGGUUUGGGAUCGGUACCAGUAGGUCUCGUCAGCAUCCUGUUGAUUCUAAGCACUGUUGGACUAACGGCCGAAGAUGUUCCAUUACUGCUUACCGUUGAUUGGCUUAUCGACAGAAUUCGAACUUCUAUCAAUGUUCUCGGAGACGGUUUUGUCGCUUCAGCAGUUGGAAAUUUGCUAAAAGAAAAACUUCCAGAAACUGAAGAACCAGCUGGUCAGUUUCUACUUUUUUUCCAUCCCUGA